AUGGCGGCCUCCCUCCUCUCCCGCGCCGCCACCGCCGUCGCGGUGCUGCGCGGCGUGGCUCGGCCGAACCACCUCCUCGCUCGGGCCUCCCUCCCAAAGGAAACCCUCCUUCCUCCCCUACUCCUCCUACUACUCCUCACCACCGCCACGCCCCUCGCGGUCGGUCGGGUCGGGUGGGCGGCGCGCACGGCGGAGGGCGCCGGUGGGUCCCGGUGCGGCCCGUCGCCGCUGCUGGGCGCGUUCGGGAUCGCGGCGCGGUGCAACGCCACGUCGUCGUCGUCCGCGGUGUCGGAGGCCGCUGGCGUCCACACGCUGCCCCGGACGGAGCCCGUGGUGUCGGCCGAGUGGCUGCACGCCAACCUCAAGGACCCCGACGUCAAGGUACUUGAUGCCUCUUGGUAUAUGCCUGCAGAACAAAGGAACCCAUUACAAGAGUACCAGGUGGCCCAUAUUCCUGGUGCCCUGUUCUUUGAUGUCGAUGGAAUAUCUGACAGAACAUCUAGUUUACCACACAUGCUGCCAUCUGAAAAGGCAUUUUCUGCUGCUGUAUCCGCUCUUGGCAUCUACAACAAAGAUGUGAUAGUAGUUUAUGAUGGAAAGGGUCUAUUCAGUGCAGCUCGUGUUUGGUGGAUGUUCCGUGUAUUUGGACAUGAUAAAGUUUGGGUGCUAGAUGGAGGUUUGCCCCAAUGGCGUGCUUCUGGGUAUGAUGUUGAAUCAAGUGCCUCCAGUGAUGCCAUCGUAAAGGCCAGUGCUGCUGGUGAAGCAAUUGAGAAAGUUUACCAGGGUCAAUCGGUUGGUCCAGCUACAUUUGAAGCAAAGUUGCAGCCUCAUCUUCUUUGGAGUCUUGAUCAGGUGAAAGAGAACAUCAAUACCCAGACACAUCAACUUAUAGAUGCUCGAUCAAAACCUAGAUUUGAUGGUGCAGUUCCUGAGCCGCGCAAGGGAAUUAGAAGUGGUCAUGUGCCUGGGAGCAAAUGUGUUCCUUUUCUUCAGGUGCUUGACAGUUCACAAAAGCUAUUACCUCCAGAUGAACUCCGUAAGCGAUUUGAGCAAGAAGGAAUCUCUCUUGAUCAACCCCUUGUGACCUCUUGCGGCACUGGCGUGACAGCAUGUGUAUUAGCCUUGGGCCUUCAUCACCUUGGCAAAACUGACGUCGCGAUAUACGAUGGAUCAUGGACCGAAUGGGGCGCCCACUCCGACACUCCAGUUGCAACUGCUAUUUAG